AUGUCGACGGGUGUUGUCCUGAAGACGGGCGGCCUUCUACGGCGCUCCAUUCCCGGCCAGGUGCUGGGGAGUCCCUCGGUACUGGCUAGAGGGAAGAAGCAGCAGGCGGCAAAGGCCAAGACCGCCAAGCGAGAGGUGAUGAAAGAGUACGUGCGACAGAUGGAACUGAAGCAGGUCACGGAAGAAGCUGCCAUGCGUGCGGCACGACACGGGGAACCGAUGGACCCCGAGAUGUUGAACCCGGCCAGGAAGAGGGCUCCCGUGGAGGUCUCUCCCGAGGAGCAGGAGCGCCGCUACCUGCUGGUGAAGGAAUACUCUCGCUACCACAUGGAGCGCCACAAGAGAGAGCUAGGUCUUCUGCAGGGGGUGAUGGCCGCCAGGCGACGCGCACUGCUCGAGCUGCGGAAGAUCUCUCUCCCGCUGUACGGCCAGGCCCUGGAACUGUCCCAAGACCUGUUCCCAUUCUCCCAUUCCGGACCCACGACCACGCCCCCAAUUCCCGGGUACAUUCCACCUGACCUGGACGAGUGACCCUUUACCCCUGCCUUCAACGUCACUUAUUGCCUUUACUCUCUCAUCGUUUUAUUCUCCGAAACAUAGUUUUGUUCAACUUCAGUCGCA